UUUUCGCCGUUCACUUCGACACAACGAAGCAAAUUUGGAUGAUACAAACCAAAAAAACCCCCCUUUUCCGUUCAUAAAAAGUUAGGGUUCUACACCAUCAACCAAUCAAUUAUUUUUCUUUUCUAGUUUGCUCUCGCAAUUUUUAGACACACAGAGAGAGGAGGGGGGGAAAAGGCCAAUUCAAUGGAGUUUUGAAACUUAAGAGCUUUCUCUCUCAAUUUCGAACCAAGCUCGAGAGAGAAAGUGGCUUCACAAUUUCAUUUUUUUUUUAAUUUUUUGUUGGUUACUUGGGAAAGAAACAAAUCAAUGCGCUCCGAUUUUUAAAAGGAAAGAGACGGAAAAAGAAAUAAAAUAUUAUCCAAGAUUUGGUAAUAACAUUAUUGCCGAAACAAAGAAAAGGAAUAUUUGAAAAGUUGUGAUUUUAAGUGCCGCGGAUUUGCAGAGAGGAUUCUUGUGAAAAGGGAAAAAAAAAUGGUUGAUGAGAUCGGUGAGGAGGAGUUUUAUUCCAUCGAGGAAUCGAUUGAGGGUGAAAGAUGUUUUGAUCUUGAUUACGAGUUUGAUGCACCGCGAUGCUUUGAUUUCAAUCACCUAGAAACUGAUUGUGAGGCUAAAGAAGCCGAACUCUGGUUCGAAUCAGCUGGAAGCUAUCCGCCUUCGCCUUUUGUAAUAAAGUUGAAAUGGAGAUAUGAUAUGAAUGGAGAUGGAGAAUUUGGCAAUGAUUCAACAGAUUGUGAUGAACAUAAUGGAGAACCAUGUAAUAGCUAUUGCGAAGGUAAUCCGACGGCUAAAACUAAUUCUCGAAGCAAGGCAUCUCUAUCUCGUAGUUCAACUUUGAUGAAACCUACAGCAAGUUACUUGGCAAAGCAAAACCAAUCUCGAAUGGUUAUUUCCAAUAAAUAUCAGAAAAGGUUACUAAAGUCUGCUGACAGGCUUGAUAAGAGUAAUUCCUUUAACGAAGACAAUGCUACCAAACGACAAAAGCUGGAAGCUGGUUACCUGUGCAAGGCUGCUCAUCUGAAGCAUCAAUCUCUAUUUGUGCACAAGAAACCAAACAAGGUCCAAUCCCUUGAUGGUAGUUUGCAUGCUAAACCUAAAGUCACAAUUCCGAAAGAACCAGAACUACAAACAGCAAGAAGGGCUCAGAGACACAGGAAUAAGGGUAAGGCAGAGUCAGAUGAAAAUGCAAAAUCAAAUGUUCAUUUGUUUAAAGCACUCCCCUUAAACAAAAAGAUUCUUCAGGCUCCCUCAUUGCCACUUCCCAAGAAAAGCCUGCCUCAACCACCAGAGUUUCAGUUGUUUCAUCUGAGGACAUCCGAGAGAGCCAGGCAGCAUGCAUCUACUCAUGCAAUGAAAGUACCUAGUUAUGUGUCAACUUCAAGAAAUGAAAACACAGGCCUCAGAAGCUUCAAGUCCAUUAGUUCAUUAAAGGAGGAGAAACAUGAAGCUGUUAACAAAUUUAAAGCUUGUGCUCUUAAUAAGAAGGCAAUUUCUAGUAAAGGUGAAAAUGGUGUCCUCCAGAAUAUGAACCAAACAACAGCCACAAUGAAGCUUCCAGAUGAAGCACCAGUAGAACUAUUCGAUAAGCUCACGCUGUCAGCUGAAGUCCAUUCUGGUGAAAAGCCUCGAGAAAGAAUAGCUCUUUCUGAGGGAUUGAAAGAGAAUGAGCCAGGUACUUUACUUCUGCAAUGUCAGAUCAUGAAAGUGGCCAAGGAAAAAUUGCAAAGGAAUGGAAGGAUGCAGUACCAGUGUAGAAGAGAAAGGAAUGCUGUAAUUGGGCAACAAGAGAACAUUAGCAGGAGAUUGAGAUUGGACAUAAUGUAAAGUUACCCCCCCCCCCCCGAGUAAAUUAGGUUGCCAUCUUGGCCUUUUUCUUGCACGAGAAAAGCGGGUUCAUUGCAGGCAAGUUUUUUGUUGAGAACAGUGGAUACGUUGUUUCUAAAUGAUUGUGGUAUUUAUUGCUUGAAAAGAGAAGAAAGAAUUUUGGAGAAAAUAGCAAUGAAUAGCAGUGUUAAAACAUUUUGAUAGCUUUUGACAUGCUUUUCCAGUAACGAAAGAGCAUAAUGUAUGAAAACUGAAAUGUUCCCAACAUUUGUUUUUGUAUCUUUGUGUAGAUGUUAAAAUUGAGCAAACUAGUAAAGCUGAUCCUCCUUUGACACUCAUAUGUAGUACUUAGUUUAUGUUAUCA